UUAACGGCAAAGAUGAGCCUCUCUGGUCCGAAUACAAGAGAGCAACCUCUGCCCUCCUUCCCCUCCCUUGUCGGCUACUAAAACCCGCCCCUCUCUCUCUCUCUCUCUCUUCCACCCCCAUUUGCCGGCGACCUUUCCGGCCACAAUCUUCUCCUUUUCCCCUCUCCCACUGAAAGAAGAAAAAUUUCCGGCGAGCUUUUGGAAGUCCUUAUGCUAUCGCGUUGGAACGUGCCCAAUCUCGAGGUGUUCUUUGCCAGGACGGAGGGGCAUGUUCCUGCCUUCCGCUGCUCUACUACGUCAAGCGGCCGGAACUUCGGACGCCUGGAGAUUUUCUUCUAGUUUUUAUUUUUUAUUUGUUUUCUAGUUCGCCUUUUCCGCUCGGCCGGGAAUUGGGGGAUCCGGCGUUCCGAAGAAUGAGAGGGAGACCGCUCGCUUGACUGGCGGGAGGGCGUGGCCAAUAGUCCGGUGCAAUGAAGGCGUCGGCCAACGCCGCCGCACCAGCUAAUCCCGUCGAAGGGGAGCGGAAGAGCAUCAACCCCGAGCUGUGGCAUGCCUGCGCCGGCCCGCUGGUGUUGCUGCCGCCGGUGGGCAGCCUCGUCGUUUACUUCCCACAGGGCCACAGCGAGCAGGUUGCAGCUUCUAUGCAGAAGGGCAGCGAACCCCAGAUACCUAACUAUCCAAAUCUUCCAACAAAGUUGAUUUGCCUGCUUCAUAAUGUGACACUGCAUGCUGAUGCAGAAACGGAUGAAGUCUAUGCUCAGAUGACCUUGCAGCCUGUCAAUACAUAUGACAAGGAGGCAUUAUUGGCGUCUGAUUUGGCACUCAAGCAAAACAAGCCACAGACUGAGUUCUUCUGUAAGACUCUGACAGCAAGUGAUACAAGCACACAUGGUGGAUUUUCUGUUCCCCGUCGUGCAGCAGAAAAGAUCUUUCCCCCUCUUGAUUACGCAAUGCAACCACCUGCACAGGAGCUUGUCGCGAGAGAUUUGCAUGAUAACUCUUGGACGUUUCGCCACAUCUACAGGGGUCAACCAAAACGCCAUCUUCUGACAACCGGGUGGAGCUUGUUCGUUAGUGGCAAGAGGCUCCUUGCUGGUGAUUCUGUUUUAUUUAUAAGGGAUGAGAAAUCACAGCUUCUCUUGGGUAUAAGGAGGGCUAAUAGGCAGCCCACAAACAUAUCCUCAUCAGUUUUGUCGAGUGACAGCAUGCACAUUGGAAUUCUUGCUGCUGCAGCUCAUGCUGCUGCGAACAGUAGUCCUUUCACUGUGUUCUACAACCCCAGGGCAAGCCCUUCAGAGUUUGUUAUUCCGUUAGCCAAGUACAACAAGGCAGUGUACACUAAUCAACUCUCUCUGGGUAUGCGCUUCCGAAUGAUGUUUGAAACUGAAGAAUCUGGGACACGGAGAUACAUGGGCACUAUUACUGGUAUCAGCGAUAUAGACCCUGUUCGGUGGAAAAAUUCACAAUGGCGAAACCUGCAGGUCGCCUGGGAUGAGUCAGCUGCAGGUGAAAGGCGUACUCGGGUUUCAAUUUGGGAAAUUGAACCUGUUGCUGCUCCUUUCUUCAUUUGUCCACCUCCAUUUUUCAGAUCAAAGCGUCCUAGACAACCAGGCAUGCCAGAUGACGAGUCUGAUAUGGAGAGCCUUCUUAAAAGAACUAUGCCAUGGCUGAAUGAGGAAAUUUGCAUAAAGGAUUCUCAAACUCAGAAUUCCAUCAUCCCUGGCUUAAGCCUGGUUCAGUGGAUGAGCAUGCAGCAAAACUCGCACCUUCCAAAUAUGGCCCUCCAGCCUGACUACUUACGGCAAUUAGCAUCACCAUUUUCACCCCUACUACAAGGCCUUGGGAACACAGCUGAUGUGUCAAGACAACUGGGCUUGCAAUCCCAGAUGUUGCAGCAGAACAAUUUCCAGCUCAACCCUCCAAAGCUGCAGCAACCACAACAGGUUGAUCAAUUGCAGAAGCUACCACCCACAGUAAGCCAGCCUGGGGCAGUAAAUCGUCCUCAGCAGCAACUGCAGCAAAUAGAUGAAAUUAAUCAACAGCAGCAGCAGAAGCAACAAUGUUUGGCUAGCCAAGCUUUUAUGCAGACUCCAGCCCAAACACAACUUCUACAAUCUCAACUCCUGUCUCCAAGUCACCUGCAACAGCAACAGUUGCUUCUGCAGUCCCAGGGGAUACCUAGUAUAAUGCAAAACCAGCAGCAGCAGCAGCCAGUUCAACAAAUAAAUGUUCAGAGCCAGCAGCAAAACAGGAUCCCCGUCCAAACCAUCCUUUUGCAACAACAGGCACUGACCCACCAAGCCGUCCAGCAACUACCACAACACAUGCAGCAGUUGCAGCAGUCGGAACAACAGAUUCAGUUGCAAUUAUUGCAAAAACUUCAGCAACAGUCGCUGAUGUCACAAUCUACUGUCACACAGUCUCAAACAACCCAGUUGCUUGAGCAACAAAGGCAGCUUUUGUUGGACACACCACAACUUUCACAAGUGCAGUUGAUGGCUCAACAGCAAACCCAGCAAGUGACACCGGUGCAACAACAGCAGGAUGCUGCAAAGAACUCACAGACAUGGGUCCAAACUUUACAACCUCUGCAGCAAAAAUUUCAGCAGCAACCAAGCCCGUUGAUGGACUUGGCUGGAUUGGCGCUGCCAUCAGCAACUAAUUUUAUGUCAGUGUCUACUAAUAGUGUAAUGGCCAAUGGGACACCAUCCGUAGUCACAGAUGAUGUGCCAUCUUGUUCUACAUCACCUUCCACAAACAGUGCUCCUUUAGCUAAUCAGUCAACCAUCACAAAGAGUAGUCGAAGUAUUGGUUUGUUAGAGGAAAUCGGGCAACCUGUGGCAACCGUUCUGAGUCCCAGUGUCUUGGAUGCUAUGUCAAAUGGAAACAACUUGGUCAAAGAACUUCCAAGAACUGAAGCCAAGCUAUCAGUGCCUCUCACAAAGGCACAUAACCAAGUUAGUUCUCAGAUACACACGAAUCCCAUGCAGAUAGAUUACCUCGACUCAUCAUCUUCUGGAACUUCUGUCUGCAUUUCUCAGACAGAUGGGCCUCUUCAGCAGAACUUUAUGCCUAAUUCCUACAACCUCUCACCCAUGAUGUUCAGAAAUACAUCAGACGUUGGGGACGUGCAGAAUGAUCCUAGAAAUGGUGUCCUGUUCGGAAUCAACAUUGAUAACCAAUUAAGCGUCCCUAUUUCACCUGAUCCAUUGCUUACAAGAAGCUUGACCUCUGCAAAUGAUUUUCAAAGCCACAUUUCAAUGGGGAACAUUGUGAAUAAUUUCAAUAACCCAAAGGAAAUUCAACCUGAAUUGUCAUCCUCCGUGGUUUCCCAGCCAUAUGGUGUCCCUUCAAUGGCUUUUAAUUCAAGAGUUUCUGUGGAUUCAAGUAUCAAUGAUGGCAACUUCUUAAACAGAGGGUCGGUGAUUCAACCACAGUAUCAGAGAAUGAGAACAUUCACAAAGGUUUACAAGCGAGGUGCAGUAGGCAGAUCCAUAGAUGUUAGUCGCUACAAAGGAUAUGAGGAGCUCCAGCAUGAUCUUGCACGAAUGUUUGGAAUAGAAGGCCAGCUUGAGGAUCCUCAAAGUACUGGUUGGAAACUGGUCUAUGUGGAUCACGAAAAUGAUGUCCUACUCGUUGGUGAUGAUCCUUGGGAGGAAUUUGUGAACUGUGUACGAUGCAUCAGGAUUCUAUCACCUACAGAAGUUCAACAGAUGAGCUUGGAUGGUGAGAUUACAAAUAACGUCUUGCAGAAUCAGGCCUGUAGUAGUUCAGAUGGUGGUCAUGCAUGGAGGGGUCAAUGUGAUCAAAACUCCAGCAACCCCUCUGCCGGAUCAUUUGAGCACUAAAGUUUGGAGUUCAAUUUUUUACAAUAUGGACCAGGGAGAUCACUCAUAAAUAUGAACUGGAGGCUUCUCGAAUCUUAAACAACCUAAUAUACUUCUUUUAGGGGAUCCUUUAUGCCUUUCCACUACUUAUGCAUGGGGAUUAAUUUAUACUAUGACAUGUUACUGUUAUUAGAUUAAAGCACACAAGAGGUUCAUACCUAUACCAAGCCUUAAUCCUCAACUGGAGCAGAAGAUUCAUACUUGGUUUGCAAGAAUGCAAUUGCCAUUAUGCAACGUGCGAUUUUGUGAGGAUGGACCAAGGCCAGAUUUAACACAGUAGAUAUAUACCUGAUUGUUCAGGUACCAUGCUUGUAAGCAUUGGCUUCUGAUAUUUCAACUUCUCAAAAAUUAGAAGCCCUUAUCAAACUUGUACUGGAGGCUCUAAAUGUACAAAAACAAUGUAGAUGUUUUUUCUUUUGUCAGUGCGCUGGUGUAACCUACUUCAUAUGAAAAGAAUACUUUCCAGAAAUUGUGCAGGCAUGGGUUUGGGAA